GGGUCAGCGAGCAUCCUGAAUUGGCUAAACAAUGGUUGUUGUUUGAGGUGAUGUUCCCAGAUUUGGUAACAUUACUGGUUUUUAAACAGUGUUUGUAUAAGCAAUACAUAUGUUUUCUUUAGAUGGGUUUUUGUCUUUGAGCUCGUCAUUGUUGAAGUCGUUAUUAAUUGUAGGAAUAUUUCUCUAAUUGCACUGUUAUGUAGCUAACAGCUAUAAGCUAGCUAGCUAAUCACUGAAGCUAACGUUAGCUAAAACAACAUUAAAGAAUGAGACGCCAGACUGACAAGUUACAUUUUGUGAGUGUGCAGACAGUUACAGUGGUUCAAAUAUAGUUUCCCAUUUCCUAUUGUAAGUAUAAAUGUAAACUGAUUUUGGGCAAAUACGUUAGCAUUCAUAACAGAUCCUGCAAAGACCAAAUACGCGUUUAGCUGAACGAGCGUUAGCUACCAGUGUGUUAUGAAAAGCGAGUACUGAAUGUUCACGGACCUGUCUCCGAGGAAGUAAAAUAAUCUCCAGGUAAUAAAUUCUGAUGGUAAUGGAGAAUGACUCACAACCUGACAGCAAAUAAGAGCCUCAUACCCUGUCAGCUGUGGGUGGCCCAGAAUGACUGGUCCACAACUUCAACUCAAGGACCCCCAGCCAGCUCUCAGCAUCUCUGCCUGGGCUCGUCUUCUGACCAGAGUCCCUCCUUCAACCACCUGCAGGCAUCCAGUCAGAGCUGUAUGAGCAACCUCAGCACCGUAUCGUCCAGAAGCAACACUCAACACUCUUCUCUGUACACAGCCUCUCACAUUAGCAGCAGUGUAUCAUCCACUGCAUUGUUUACCAACACUGUUAUCCCGAGUGCCUCUCACACUAUUUCCUUUGCUCAGCAAAGCCCCCACAUGUCAUCAGUGCUUCUAACUGCAAACCAAGGAAAAACUAUACCCUCCCCAUCUCUUCCUCAACAAAACAAAGGACCACAGCUUUGUAACCCCCAACAAUUUCCACUUCUCUUGCCCAAUAGCCCCUAUAAAGCAUUAUUUCAACCUCCAUUCACUAAUCAGGGUUUAUCAAACGGACGUCAGGAUCUGCCCACCAGCCUGCCAUCAUGUGGUCAUCGUGCAAGUACCUCUCAAGCUACUUUUGAAGGAGCAAAUAUGGCAUCUGCUGGUUUUUCUGGAUACACUCACAGCUAUGCCUCAGCCAUAUCUCAGGAGCAGCCUCAAUGGAUCCCUUUAUCACACUGCAGGGGAGCUGCAGACAAGUCUGCCACUGAUGCAACUGCUCAUGCUAACAGUGAGCCAUCACAAGAAGAGAACAUUACCUCACCGGCCAGCAUUGAGAGACGCCGUUCAGUACUUUUAUAUCAGCGUGCACAACUACUUAAACAAUUGGCAGAGAUGGAUAAUCUUCUGGAAUCAGUAUUUCCAGAUGAAAACAGCGAUGGGCCAGCUCCACACACAUGCUCCAGUUUGAUUUGCAGUACAAGCAGUGAAGUACAACACUUUAUGCAAAAAUAUAAACCACAUAAUUUUUCUUCUCCAUCAAUGGAUGAUUCAUUUCAACGUAAACGAACUAAGACCAGGGAUGCACAGCAAGUUCAGCCAUCUGCAGAAGAGUCAGAGUCACAGUCACAUCUUUCAGUAAAAUAUUGCUCACCUUUAUCCUGUGACGAGCAAGAUGAGACCUGGGAUAUGUCAGAGGAUUCAGUGUCAGAAGGAGAACCACAGAACAUGGAAGGAGCCCCAGUUGAGUUAGAGGAUGAGAGUGAUCCUGAUUACUUCCCUAGCACUGAUGAUGAUAUCUCUGAUUUCCGAUCUGACUCUUUUGGAGACUCUUCAGAUGAAUUCAUUUGCAGCAGUCCCUCGACUUGUGGGAAUAAAAGCCCCCCUGUCACAGGAAAAAAAAGGGCUACAUCAAAAAGUUCUUUGUAUAAGGUCAAAAGUGUUCAUCCUCGCACAACUAAUAAGAAGAAGUCCUCUGAACUUGUUGUGUUGCCAUCUUCAAAUAUAAAAGCACACCGUGUUUAUGACAAGAGGAAUUACUGUAUGUUUUGCUCUCAGUCACAGACCAAAAUGGCACGGCAUUUUGAGAGAGUCCACAGUGACAAAGCAGAGGUUGCAGCUGCAUUGCAGUAUCCCAAAAAAUCCAGAGAAAGACAUAAGAUAUGGAACAAAUUAAUAAAUCAAGGAAACUUUGCACAUAAUAAGGAUGUUUUGAGGACAGGCAAUGGGCAACUUGCUGUCCGAAAGAGACCAAAACAAACUGGAAAAGCCAAAGAUUUUCUUCAUUGUCUUUUCUGUCGAGGUCUUUAUGGGAAGAAAGCUUUGUACAGACAUAUGAGGAAGUGCCCAGAGAAAGUGGAGAAUGGAAAUGAAUCUCGCGUGGGAAGAAAGAGCAGUGCAUUGCAGUGUGUGCUUGACACUUUAGGAGACAUUGGAGUAAGUGAUGGUUUUAAGACCAUUCUGUAUGGAAUGAUAUAUGAUGACGUGACGCAAGCUAUUAUUGAUGACAAGAUUAUCUUGCAGUUUGGAGAGCAAAUGUUUAAUCAGCAUGGAUCUGAUGUGAAGAAGCAUGGUUAUAUACGACAAAACCUUCGUCAGAUAGCAAGACUUGUUCUCGAAGCUCAAAACAGAACCCCUCUCAACAACCUGGAGGAAUUCUUUUACCCCUCAAGCUUCCGACAUGUGGUGUCUGCAGUGAAUGUCCUGGCAGGCUAUGACCCAGAAAGCAACACAUACAGCAUUCCUUCACUGGCCCUCAAGCUUGGCCACCACCUGCAGAAGGCCUGUAGUAUUGUUGAAGCUAACGCAGUGAAGGAUGGUGAUGCAGGUCUGGCAGAGUCUGCACGAGAAUUCCUCUCUGUGUUCCAGAAUAAAUGGAAUAGACUCAUUUCAUCAGGCGCAUCAGCAACUCUCAGAGAAACAAAACUGAACACAGAAAAGAAGGUGCCAUUUGCUCAAGAUGUAAAGUGUUUGAGUUUCCACAUGGAGAAUGUUCAUCUCCUCGCUGAGAAGAAACUCAGAGAGAGCCCUUCUGCAGAAAACUAUGCUGCCCUGGCCAAGGUAGUUCUUGCUCGGACAAUCGUUUUCAACAGGAGGAAACCCAGAGAGAUAUCAUCGAUUCAGCUAAUUAAUUUCAUGUCACGGAAAAAGUCAAAUGUUCUUGAUAACUUGGACGUUUCUGUCUCAGAUUUGGAAAGAUCCAUGUGUGGCUUCUUCACUAGAGUUGAUGUACCAGGGAACUGUGGGAGAAUGGUCCCUGUUUUACUAAAGCCCUCCUUCGUGUCAGCUAUGGAACUUCUUGUAAACAGUCGGGAUACUUGUGGGGUCCCCUGGGACAAUCCCUUUGUCUUUGGACGACCAAGGGCACUAUCUGCUUAUAGGGGGUCAGACUGCAUCCAACAGUAUGUCAAAGAAUGUGGAGCUCGAAACCCUGAAGCAAUGACCUUGAGAAAAAUCCGGAAGCAUUACACAACAAUGCUACAGUUGAUGAACCUGGAUAAAGAUGAGGCCAACCAAAUUUUAGUUCAAACCCUGCAACAGAACAGUGACAUGCAGCUUGACAAUGCUGAAAUGGACCCUGAAGGCUCCAAAAAGAAGGACCGACACAAAUGGGAGGAAGCAGAGGUUCGUGCUGUAGAGAGACACAUGAUGCGUUUCAUCCAAGAACGCAAGGUGCCUCAGAAAAAUGACUGCGUUUAUUGUAUUGAGGCUGAGCCAGGAGCUCUGAGGAACCGUUCAUGGAGAGGUGUGAAGGACUACGUCAGAAACAGGAUCACCACACUGAAAAGACAAAGCGGCUCUUCCCAGGAUUCAUCCACAAAUAGUUACACACCCUGGCAAGUGGAACAAGCACAUGGAGCAAAAACAGACACAGACAUGUCUGCAUCCCCAAGCUCUGUCAAAUCUGGGAAAAAAGUCUCCCAAAACAAGGACCGACACAAAUGGGAGGAAGCAGAGGUUCAUGCUGUAGAAAGACACAUGAUGUGUUUCAUCCAAGAACACAAGGUGCCUCAGAAAAAUGACUGCGUUUAUUGUAUUGAGGCUGAGCCAGGAGCUCUGAGGAACCGUUCAUGGAGAGGUGUGAAGGACUACGUCAGAAACAGGAUCACCACACUGAAAAGACAAAGUAGCUCUUCCCAGGAUUCAUCCACAAAAAGUUACAUGGUCAUGCAAGCAGAACCACAGCCGAGUACUGGAUAUUUUCAGCAGCUGUCAUGAUACUGCUGUCAUGACAGCAAACCUGUUUUGUGCAACUUUUCUCUUCCAUUUACUUCACCCACUCUUGCUCUCUCAUUUUUGAUUUCACUGUUCUUUAUCAGUAUCCAUCUUUUUAGCAACACUAUUUCCCACAGUUCAGAUGGCCAAGAAGAAAUUGAUCAUUUUUAUUUUUGUGAUUUAUUGUUUGUAGUUUUUCUGUUAUCAUUUGUACUUAGUGCGAUUGCAGUGCCCAGCGCCUCUCACUGUGGGUUUGUUUCAUUAACGUCAUUGUACCAAGACUGUUGAUAAAUACUGACACCAGAUGUGUACAGAUUUAGUUGGUUUUCAAGUUGUUUGUUUACCUUCUGUGAUCAGGUUAUUUAGUUUACGGUAUUUAAUCAUUCUGUUUAGAAUCUUGGUAUUUUGUAUAACAGUUUACCAGUAACAAAGUGCCAAGGUUAAUAUUCUGGCAGUUUGUUAAAAAAAAAAAAAAA